AUGUCGUUCAUAGGAGCUGGAGAGCUCGAACACAAAGUAACUCAAUUACAACGACAAUUAGAUCAUAAAGAUCAUGAGUUGAAUUCAAUCAAGAAUGAACAACGCAAGAGAGACGAAGAAUCAACGAAAGCCAAAAGAGCGAAAGAAGAUGCCGAAUAUAAGUUGAGAGAUGAAGCUGAACGUGCGCAUCAAGCUGAGAAAUCAGUAAUGACGAAAAACACUGAGAUAUCCCAAUUCAAGUUGAAAUUGUCAAAUCUCGAGUCAAGUUUAACGCAAACAUCUGAUAAGUUGAAAAAGGAAGAAAAAGAAAAAGAGAGAGUACAAGAUGCUCUGGACGUAGCAUUGAAUAGCGGAUCAGAUGGUGCUUCCUUACAAAUCAAAUCCCUUCAGGCUAGGACGAAACAACUUGAAGAUGCAUUGAAAGUCUCUGAACACGAAAAAGAGAAAUUCAGAAGUCAAGGAAAUUUGAAUGAUCCUUGGGGAACAGGAGAGACGUUAACUCGAGGAGAGAGAAAUAAGGUCAUGGCGUUACAAAAUCAAGUGGAGAGCCUGAAAGAAGAAAAUGCGAGAUUGCAAUCAUCAGGAUCAUCCCAAUCCCCCACAACGGAUCUUUUCUCCUCAUCGACCUCACCUUCACGUCUGAAAAACAAACGUCGCUCAAUGUCAGUCUCAGGACCUGCUCCCUCCGAGCUCAUCGAACUUGAGAACCAAAUUUCCACGCUGCAAGAACAACUUGUCAGUAGAAAGCGAGAUCUUGAUAAAGCUGUCAAUGAAAAACUCGCAAUUGAAGCUGCUGGCAAGAAAAAGACAUCCAAGUUGGAGAGUGAAUUGGAAGAUGUCAAAGAGGAAUUGGAUUUUUAUCGAAGAAACGAAGGUUCAGGUGGAGAUGGAAAAGAAGUUGAGAAAUUGAAAAAGACAAUGCAAAUUGAGAAAGAAGCCUUACAAGCUAAACUUGACGAAAAACAGACCGAAAUCACUCAAAAGAUUGAGCAAGUAAAGGAAUUAGAAAGGAAAGCCGAAAGAGUAGAAGCGCUCGAAGCCGAUCUUGAGAAAGAGAGAAAUGCUCGACAGGCUUUAGAAACAUCAUCAGCUCCUUCAGGCUCAUCUUCACCUUCAUCAACACAAUUGCAAGAAGCACAAGGAAAGAUCCAAUCUCUCGAAGCGGAACUUGCCAAAGCUCGAUCAACAUCAUCGGCUUCGGCUUCAUCCAAAGGAGGUGAUAUGGAGAUUCGUCAUGUUAAAAGAGAAUUACAAAAAGCUCUAAGAGAUAAAGAUUACCUCGAAUCUUUAGUGAAAGAGAACGAUGAAUUAUUAGCUGAAAAAGAUGACGAGAUCGCAAGAAUGAAAACUGCUAUUCCUAUUCCUGGAUCACCGGUCCUUGGAGCUCAUGUGAAUAAUGCGAAAAUUGAAGAACUCGAAGCGGAAAUCAUCACCCUUGAAGAUAAGAUCGAAAUGCAACGGGAGAAAUACGAAGUGAAGCACAAGCAGGUUGAAGGAAAAUUACAAUCCGCUACUUCAGAUCUAGAAAAGAUCAAGAGAAUCGAAGAAGAAUUGAGCCAACAAUUGCAGCAAUCAAAGGAGGACGCAAAGGAUACAACUGCUCAGCGUGACACCCUUCAAACUGAUCUCAAAACAGCUCUUGACCAACUCUCCGUCAAACAAACGGAAGUCGAUGGACUCAACUCACAACUCGAGCAGUUACGAAACGACGUCUUGUCCACUCAAGCGGUAGCGCAAGCGGCGCAACAAGAAGCUACCGAGAUCAAGGAUAAAAUGCACGAGGCGGAGAGAUCCUUCAGCGAGAAAGAGAAGCUUCUCGAUGACCUUGUUGCUAGACGCGAUGAGCUUGAGUCUGUCUUGUCGAUGCGAUCGCACAACGACGAAGACUAUGAUGCUCUCAGUCAGUCUCUAAUGUCUAUGACAGAUGAUAUGGCGAAAACGCAAGCUUCUCUGUCGUCUGGCGCAGAGAUGUCAGCGCAACUUCAGGCCCAAGCGGAAGUUGCUUCAAAGGAGAAAACAAUUGCUCUCGAGAAAGUUGGACAAUUAUCCGCUGCUGUAGAGACUGCUGAGCGACACCUGGAAGACGCACAAACAGAGAUGGAAUCCAGGACAAAGGCUAAGGAUGAGAUCAUACAAUUGCUUACAGACCAGCUCGAUGACCUAAAAACGGAUUUUAGCGCUAUACAGCUCAAACUCGAUGACAAGAUCGCCGAACUUGCUGUGUCUACUGCCUCUCAAGACGAAGUUCAAACUAGAUUUGAGGAAGCUGUAAAGUCUCUGGUCCAAGUUCAAGCCAAACUCACGGAGCUUGAAGAUGCUCAGUCUGAUAGAUCUACAGAGAGUGAGGCAAGAGAGAAAGACGAAGAACUCUUCCAAGUUCAAGAAGAAAAAAGUAAGCUUGAAAGGGAAUUACAAAUAGCCAAAGGUGAAUACGAGAAAGAAUUGGCUUCUUCAACUUUCAAAUUUGAACAAGAUCUCCUUGAAUCACAAAAACGAGUUGAUAAACUUGAACAUCAAGUCACUGAUCUGCAAUCUGCUCUUUCAUCUGCACAACAACCGAAAUCAUUCUCUAAACACGAAAAAGACGUAGUGCUACGUUUGGAGCAGAAGAUCGGUCAAUUGCGAUCCGAACGAGAUGACCUCAGACAUAACCUCUCAUUCGUACAGAAUGAAAGACACUUUGCUAUACGAGCUGCUUUAUCCGAGAAGGAAGCGGCGAAUGAAGAGGUGAAUAUUGUGCAAGCUGAACUUAAGCAAAGAACAGUCGUUGGUGAAAAACUGCAAGCUGAACUGGAAGAAGUCAAGACUGCUCUGGUCAAAGCCACCACCGCAACACUUGAAACAAAUGACAACGAAGAAAGUGAGAGAUUGAUGACCCAAAUCUCAUCCCUCGAACACGAACUUGCUUCUCAGGUGGACAAAAUCAAGGACUUCAAGAAUCAACUUCGAUCGCGAGAAGAAACCCUCUCUUCCCUGCAAAACCAAGCUCAAGCAGCUGAGAGUCGAGCAGAAGGUCUUCAAAGGGAAUUAUUGGAAAUGAUCAAUCAUGUAGGACAAACUACCAAACUUUCUGAUCCACCCCGACAAUCCUCUGUUCCUGAAGAAACCAAUGACUUACCCACAGAUCUGGUCCUAGCUACCAACGGAGAGAGGACAAGGAGAACAUCCCUUGGACAUAUGAGAUCGAGAUCAAACGCUUCCGUUAGUGUGAUGCAAAACCUCAAUGUAGAAAGACAGUUGCAAGCUAAGAUUGGUAGACGAGAUGCUCGAAUCGCUGAACUUACACAUGAACUAGAGAAAGCCAACCUCAAUCUUAUUUUAGCCAAAGAAGCUCAAGAAGAAACUUUUGAGGAGAUUACUGAAUUAACCCAAGAACGUGAUCGACUCCAAGCCAGAUUACAAGAUAAUUCCGAACACUCUCAGGUAGUGGAAGUGGAAAAUCCAUCUAUCCUUCGAAGUACGAUAUUGGCUUUGAUCACCUAUCGACAAAGCGUAAAAUCCGCUGAAGCAAGAUGGCGGGUCGCAUCUGAUAUCCUAUCAAAAUCGCGUGCAACAGCCGAACAAUUUCAAGCGACCAUAGCUGAAUUUGAAGUUAAGACCAAGGGAGACACUCUUCAUCUCACCCAAUUGGAAGAAGAGAAGUCCUCCCUUGAAUUGCAGUUGGGUAGCUUGCAGGCAGAAGAGGUCUCUUCUCGAAGUCAGCUGGAAGCUGCAAGGGAGUCAAUCGAUGAUCUUCAAUCUCGACUCGCAACCGCCGAAGCUGCCACCAAAUUGAUUGCGGAGUCUGCUCCACCUGUGUCUUCGUACGAGGCUCAGAUUGCCGAGAAAGAAGAUCGAAUCAGGGAACUGAAAGCUCAGAAUAUCGAAUUCACCUCUCGGGUUGAGGAAUUGGAAAAAGAUAUAGCGAAGGUUCAAGAUAAUAAGGAUGAGGAGAUCACGUCGCUAAACAGGACGAUUUCCGAGCUAGAAGCCGAACUUCAAGAAAGCCAAGGUCAAAUCAGAGGGCUGACGGCUGGGAAAGAAGGUCUAAAAGAAGAGAUUGCGGCUGCUGAAAGAGCACUGGCAGAAGGUAUGGCUGCUUCCGACAGACAACGAGAAAAGAUGGAAGACAAGUACAAAGAAGUCGAAGCCAAGGUGAUUGAGUUGGAAGGACUGCUUCAAGACAAAGUAUCACAACUUGAAGAGACGUUGCGCAAAUCAGUAACCUUAGAAAGUGAUCUUGAUAAUGCUAAGAAUCGAGAGAAGGAAAUGAGCGAUUCUUCAGAAGAAGACAAAGGAAUCAUCGAAAGAUUAGGUCUAGACCUAGCACAUCUACGCGAAUCUUCUGAAAGCAGCUCUUCAGUGGUUGACCAACUGCGACAAGAGAUAGCUUCCCUUCAAGACGCUUCGAGAUCCCUUGGACAGGAGAAAGAAGCUGUCAUCAACGAAUUAUCCGAUCUCAAAUCCUAUGUGUUAUCUACAGAUCAAAGAAGUGGUGAAAUCCAGAGAAAACUUGAAGAAAACGUUGUUCAGCUCAACGAAGCUAAGAAAGCUAAAGAAGAAGUGGAUGCUUUGAUCAACCAAAUUCAAGUCAAACUUGAAUCAUCUGAAGAGAGUCGAAAAGCUACCGAGCAGUCGCUGGAAGGCAUCAAAAUCAGAAUGGAUGAAAUAUCAAGUCAACUUGUUUCUGCUCAAGAGGAACUCACAUCCGCACGUGAAGAAGCGAUGACUUCUUCUGCUAAAUCAGCUGAGCAACAAUCUGAAUUAGAUCAGCUACGAGAAAAGAACGCUGAGCUUGUAACUCAACUUGAAAAGGCUCAAUCGUCGGCUACUGACGUUGAUGAGUCCCUUGUAACUGAUUUGAAAGAAAGAAUAGAGCAGCUGGAGAUCUCCUUGACUCACAAAACGGAAGAAGUAGAUGAAGCAGACGAUCGAACUAGAGAAGCAUUCAAGUCCAAUGCUAAGUUAGAGAAGAAGAUUGGUAAAUUACAAAGACAAUUAGAAGCUUCUCAGGUUGAGAAAAACACAGCGUUAAACAAACUUGCUUCUCGGCCCAUCCCUACACCUACUACCUCUAUAUCUCGUCCAGUCGAAUCACAACCAACAUCCGUUGCUCCUAGUUCUACUCCUGCAGCACCUGCUGCGACCACAACUACCACUCCUGCGUUCGUAGCUAAACCAAGAGUGGUUUCAGCUCCUGCAUCAACACCAUCUCAAAGAACACCUUUAUCAAGUGUAAACAUAUUCCAACCUUCCCCAAACAACCAUGUCAAUCCACCUUCAACAGGUCAUAAAAGACACAGAGAAGAUGAUCCCGUCAAACCUAAAGUAGAGGCUAUCAUGCAACUUCAACCAAUCCCACCUCAUUCAUAUUCACCUAGAAAACCUAUAAAAUCAACUUUUACUCCUCAAAGAGGUGUAUUCGCACCCCUAACAAACCCUACAUCCCAGUCACAUUCACAACAAACGAUGAAUAAACUUUCAAUAUUUUCAAAUACCAAUGAAGGUGUUGAUAUAAGUAAGCAAAAACCUGCUUUCCCAUUACCACCUACAAGAAGUGCAUUUCAACCUAGACAGUGA